UAUGCCACAAGCUCGCGUUUUUCACUCAUCUCCAAAUGAACGCCGAUUCAAGGACCUGGUCCAAUCGUCCCGAAGCACUGACGUACGGUUACUCGAUCAUUGAGCUAACUCGUCCCCCAGUUGGAUUCCAAAAGCGGAAUUUCAAUGUUACAUCGUAAUGCUGAAAUAGGCGUAUUAUCGUCGUGUGGCACACUGUGGAAUUUUGCAGUUUUUAUCACAUCGUAGCAAGAACUCUGUUCGAUAACAACCGUCAUAAUGAGCGCGAAAUUGCAACGAAACGAAGGCUAAACAAAAAAAAAAAAAGCUAAACCCAGAAAUGACUAACAAAAGAGAAGGAGCGUUGCCAACGGAUGGACGGGCAAAGUUCCAGACUUCACAUGACGUUCCCAUUCGAUGGCGCUUACCAUGCUAAUCGUCCUCGUCUACUUACCGCGAACGCGGUUAUAUACGUAUUAAUUUUGCACAUGGUAUGGAACUGUAAAUUGGUAUGCGCAGGCGGUUACGAAAUUAGGCGUUGACGCUCAGACGAUAGACCGACGUGUCAAGGGGAGGUCUGGUAUCGCGCGGCUGACGGAAAAACCCGCAAUGGCAUUGGGAAAAAUCGAUCUGGACAAACCGUUAUGGGAUUUGAGUACCUUUUUAGGUCGGUGGCGGCACUUUGCCUGGGUAACGGAUUUCAGGACCUGCGUGGUGUCGGAGCAACAAUUUAUUAACGCCAAACAGCUGUGCGAACAAUACAGGGUGGGGAGAGAACCUCCGGGUACGACUCGCGAGCAAAUAGUGUAUGCAAAGAAGCUGUACGAGUCUGCAUUUCAUCCCGACACAGGUGAGCUUCAAAAUGUAUUUGGAAGAAUGUCUUUCCAAGUCCCCGGUGGGAUGGCAAUCACCGGAGCCAUGCUUCAAUUUUACAGGACGACGACUGCAGUCGUUUUCUGGCAAUGGGUGAAUCAGUCCUUCAACGCUCUUGUUAAUUACACGAAUCGAAAUGCUAACAGCCCAGUGAGCACUUCUCAGCUAGGAACUGCGUACGUCAGUGCGACUGUCGCUGCCAUGCUCACUGCCAUCGGGUGUAAGACCUUCUGGCAGAACAGGGCCAACCCUCUAAUGGCCAGAUAUGUCCCAUUCGCUGCCGUCGCCGCAGCAAAUUGCGCGAACAUUCCAUUGAUGAGGCAGAACGAAAUCAUCAAUGGUAUAGACGUGAGUGACGAAAAUGGAAACAGACUCACAAAAUCUAAGAUAGCGGCGGUGAAGGGUAUCAGUCAAGUCACCCUGUCUAGGAUUGUAAUGUGCGCUCCGGGAAUGUUGAUCCUCCCACCCAUUAUGCAGAAACUGGAGACAUACGCGUGGAUGCAGAGGAUCAAGCCCCUUCACGGACCUAUGCAAAUCAUGAUGGUUGGCUGUUUCCUGACUUUCAUGGUGCCGACCGCGUGCGCGCUGUUUCCACAAAAUUGUGCUAUUGCGGUGAGUACGCUCAAGCGAUGGGAGCCCGAAAAUUAUGAGGAACUCCGAAAGAAUUGUGAAGAUGGUACACUUCCGGCUGUACUUUAUUUCAACAAAGGAUUAUAGGUGUUCUCCGAAAUCACUGUACAACCGAGCUCGUCUAAUCUUUUAGAUUGGAAUAAUUUCUAUCAAAAUUACAAUAAGUAACUCUAAUCUUUUAGGAAAAAGUUCGUGACUAUUACAGGAUAUACGAAUAAUGAGGCGAUACGAAUAAACAAACCUAGGUAUUGUUAUCAAAUGUCGGAAUUCAACUGCAACUUGACUGAAUUUGAAAGAGCGUAUAUUCUUCGACUUGAUCUCGGAAGAGACGUCCAUAAGUGCAUUUCGUCACGUUACGACAGCUUUGCGACUUAUUAUACAUGCAUAAACUAGAGAUAACCGAAUAAACAUUUUUAUGAUCAUCGUUAUCAUCAGUUGGGUAUAUUUUGACAAUAAAUAUUAAAAAACAA